GAAGAUGUUCCCUUCUCUGGGGCUUAUCUUUGCUGCCCUCUCUUUAGCAAGAUGCGCCCCUGUGCAUCAAGCACCCAGCCGCAGCAAACUCCUCCUGGUCUCCUUUGAUGGCUUUCGGUGGAACUAUGACCAGGAUGUGGACACCCCCAACCUCGACACCAUGGCUGCAGAGGGAGUAAAAGCGCGGUACAUGACUCCUGCCUUUGUUACCAUCACCAGCCCGUGCCACUUCACGCUGCUAACCGGGAAAUACAUCGAGAAUCAUGGGGUGAUUCACAACAUGUGGUUCAACACCAGCACGGGUCAGAAGCUGCCCUAUUACAACACGCAGGGAGUGGUGAGCUGGUGGGACAACGGCAGCCUGCCCAUCUGGAUCACAGCUCAAAGACAGGGCUUAAAGACAGGCUCCAUCUAUUUCCCUGGAGGAAAAGCAACAUAUCAAGGGGAAGAAGUGAAUAUGAAGAUGGUAGAGCCCCUUCUGUUCAACUACAGCAAUGAAAACAAUUGGAGACAGAACAUUGACACUGUCAUGGAAUGGUUCACCGUGAAUAACCUAGACUUCAUUGCCCUCUACUUUGGUGAGCCAGACUCAACAGGACACAAGUAUGGCCCUGAAUCCACAGAGAGAAAAAACAUGGUCAGCCAGGUGGACAGAACUGUUGGUUACUUACGGAAACGCAUAGCGGAAAGUGGUCUAGAAUCAAACCUCAACCUAAUCAUCACAUCUGACCAUGGCAUGGACACUGUCAUAAAGAGCAAUGAAAUUCACAUCCGGACAGUAGAAAAUUUCACCUUCAGUGACAUCCAAUUUGAACUCUUAGACUACGGACCAAAUGGACUACUGGUGCCAAAAGAAGGAAAAUUAGAGCAUGUAUAUACAGUCCUGAAAAAUGCCCACCCAAAGUUACACGUGUACAAGAAAGAAGAGUUUCCAAAGAGAUUCCACUACGCCAAUAAUUCCCGUAUCACCCCGCUCUUGAUGUACAGUGAUCCAGGAUACGUGAUCCAUGGGAGAUUCAAGGUCCAGUUCAAUAAUGGGGAACACGGCUUUGACAACGAGGACAUGAACAUGAAAACCAUCUUCCGCGCUGUGGGACCAGCCUUCAAGCAAGGGCUAGUGGUAGAGCCUUUUGAAAGCGUGAAUGUCUACGCUCUCCUCUGCGAGCUGCUGGGCAUCACCCCGGAGCCUCAUGACGGGUCCCUGGAGAUCAUGAGGCCCAUGCUGUACUCAAGUGCCCCUUUCCUUCCUGCCAAGAAGCUGCCAGUGCUGCUGGGAAUUGCCGUCAUUCUGGGAUGCUGGGGAGGAAUAUACUAACCCCCUGCUCAACAGAGCAGCCUCCAAGUUCCAGGCGGCUCUACAAGAAAUAUGUGCAGAGAUGAGGAAGGACACAUCUCAAGACGACAUCCUAUCACAGUCUCAGAGAAGUGUGCAGAGACCCCACUCCAACGCAUCACCAAAUUACUGAUCCACUUCCCUCCAGAAUUACCAAGACGCCUCUCCCAAGCUUUGGUACGUACGCAGAGAGGCACCGCUGUGGAAGCUGACACCGAUUUACAGUAUGACCUUGACAAAGUCAUCCCAUAUCUGCAUUACCCCAAAUUCCUCAUCUGCGCAAGGUGUAAGUACUCCCGCUUGGCUUGGACCACGGAGAGUUAAUACCUGUAGAGUAUUUAAAGCAAUUAAAAGCAUACUCGAAGUUC